AUGUCAAUCAAUACAAUAGAUCAAUUUAUUUUAUUUAAACGUCUUUUUAUUAUAUUUGGUUCAAUAUGUUUUCUUUGGUUAAUUAUUGGUUGUAUAUUUUUAUCUAUGCAAACAUAUCGGCAUAUAAAAAAAAAGACAAAUUUAAAAUAUUUUCAUUGUAAUUAUUCAUUAAAAUUACCAUCAUUAUUAUUAAUACCUAUUGAAAAAACAUUAAAAGAAGAUAAUAUUUUUUAUUAUAAUCAAAAUGAUGAUGAUGAUGAUGGUGAACAAACAAGUAGUAUUUGUACAUCAAUUUCAUUUAUUUCUCAACGAUCAAAAAUUUUUCAUGAACAUACAAAUUUUAUUUCAUCAUGUCAACAAAUACCAAAAGAACAAUUUGAAUUAACAUUUUUAAAUACAACAACAACAACAACAACAAUUUCAAAUUUAUCUUAUAAUCAAUCAACAUUAACAUCAUCAAAUAAUUUUAAUACAUCUCUUUUCUAUUAUCCAACAGGUCAAAAUUUUACUUAUUUUCAAUCAACAUUAUCUUCAUCAAAAAUUAAUUUUCAUGAAAAAAUUUCACAAUCAUCUUCAUUAAUUAUUCCAUUAAAUAAUUCUUCAUCUUCAAUUGAUCAAUUUAAUUUAAAACAUCAAUUAUCUCAAUCUUCAACAAGUCAAAUUACAAAUACAACAUAUUUAUCAUCUCAAUCAUCAAUUAAAACUAAACCAUUACCAACAGUUAUGAUUACAGAUGUUGAUCGUUUACAUACAGAUAUAAUUGAACUUGAAAAUUUUGAACCCGAAAAAGAUUGUCAUUAUACAAAAUCUCAAUUAAAAUAUUUACUUAAUGAUCGAAUACCACAAACAAUCAAAUGA